AUGCCCUCCAGCCGUCUUUUUCGGCUCCACUCUUCUAGUCGGCUGCUACUAUUUCUCUACCAACUAUCUAUCAUUUCUCAUCCUCUUUUAUCUCUCUAUAUCGCCGCCUACCCCAAGGGUGGCACAGCAUCCCUCCAGCACAAGCCCCGAAACCAGCAAGCACAGGACGAAGGCGCAGUCAUGGCCUCUCUCGAGGAGCUUAGCAAAGCGUCCAUCGAUGCCAAUCCCGUCGGAGCUCUCAUGCCCCUCUUCUUCGCGUACACUCUCCCCUCCAUGCUCAGCAAGCGCAGGUAUCAUCGUGCGUACCUUGCUUUGAUCCUUUGGAUCGCGGUCCUCUGGCUGAUACCAUACGCCCAGUACUUCUCGUCCUUCUCUGCUGCCGUGGUCACCUUCUACACCUGGGCCUGGAUGAUGGACAUGUUCACCUACAAGUACAGAUCUUACGCGCAGUUCAUCGACCAACGUUGGUGGGCUUGGUAUCCCAUGAUCUGCAGUUGCUGCAAGAUUCCCGUCCAGGUGUUCUAUGGAGAGAGAGCAUGGAGGAUCAACAACUGCAAUCCGUUCAUCCUGAUCUCUAUCGGUAUCUGCCUGCACGUCUCUUCAUCCCCCUUUCCCGAGCUGUUAUCGACCGUCGGCUCUUUCGUCUGGUCUGUCAUGACCCAUACCUCAGAAUAUACUGAUGUCACCAAUCAGCUGGCGUUGAUGUUCUUCCACCUCUGGCCGACAGCCUGCGUAGUCGCCGACUUUAUCACAACCUCCUCCCUCCUCUACGGCCUUCACAAGUCCCGAAACGGCUGGCAAGAUACUGAUCGGUUGAUCUUGCGUCUUAUGCGGUACGUUCACCCCUACUUUGGUGGUAUGAUGACCGCUUGGGUUGAGGUGGAGGUCGGGAGAUGGGGGUGGGCUGAGCUGAUGGCUGGAUUGUAG